CGAAACUGUCAUUUCAAAAGACCAUUGAACGGAUCGGUAGUUGGCCGCAGCGGUACGGAUCGCACGCGUCUGUGAAAACUCGAGAAAAUCCCGCCGAAGCGCCGUGAAAUGCCGAGCGUCCAGUAGAGCGCGAGUUCGAUAAAAAAAAAAAAAAAAAAAAAAAAAACAACAACAAUUUACCACCCGAGUGUUCAGUUCAGUUCAUUAAGAUGACCGAAAAGCAGGUGCUGGUCUUAACCCUCCUGUGCCUGGGUUCGAUUUUUUUCGGAACCGUACGGACUUCCACGGAAUAUAAUCGCUACCUGGCCCAGAUAUUCCAAAAAUACGGCAAUGGCGGGACCAUCAGCUUUGAGGGUCUUGAGCAUUUGAUGUUCAGCUUGAACUUGGGUCAAAUCCAAUUUGACCCCUCACACACGAUCGAUCAGCAUCGACCCAAAGGAUACUCCGACGAGACAGCGCACAGGACCAAUGUCAGUAGUUACUUUGAGCCAGUGCAAGGCUUGAGCACCACCGAUGAGGAAGCUCUGGAGGUGCAAAUCUCUACGCCGUCUAGUAAUCUCUCAAGGCCAGAGACUGCCCCAGAGGUCCCGGAAUUCCUGGAAAUGCACGACCCCAAGCACAGACACCCAAGGGAGAGCUCUGAACCUGUGGCCGCUUGUUUAUCUCCAAAGUCCCUGCUUUCUCUGCUCGUGGACCACAAUGAUCUGCACAAAAACAUUGCCUACACAAAAUUGAUUAGGAAGGAUGGUUCUACUGAUUCCAUGCACAACUCGGAGGAGGAGUACAACGAGUUCAUCAACUCGGUGAGGAUAACACCGAGAGCCUUUAUGAAACUAUGUCCAGCUUUACUGGCUCAAAUCGACAAUGGAGUUUGCAAGCAACCAGCUCCACAAUUGGAAAAUCUCCACGAUAAGAGCCAAAAGAUUUGGUACGCAUGGAUUUAUGCCAGCAUCUCCAUGCUGAUUCUCUCUGCGUGCGGUUUGCUGGGCAUUCUGCUGGUUCCUCUGAUGAAGACAGCCGCCUACCAGGAAGUCCUCAAGUUCCUGGUGUCCAUUGCCGUGGGCACUUUAGCCGGCGAUGCCCUGAUGCACUUGCUCCCCCAUGCUCUCUUCAAGGAGGAGAAACACGAGGUGGAGGUGACUGGCGUUAAUCCCCUGGAAUCGGAUCACAAACAUAGCAACGAGGCUGCCCUGCUCUGUGGUUGCUCCUUCUUGGCGGCCCUCUUCAUGUAUAUGCUGGAGAACCUGAUACCUUUGCUGAAGGGAGGCAAACCAGGUCACGGACAUAGCCACGGACAUGGUCACAGCCACGGCCACGGUCACGGUCACGGCCAUAGUCACAGUCAAACGGAGAAGCCAGCUCCACAGGAUGGAUCCGAUUUUCCAGCUCCUCGAGAACUUAAUGUGAUGCUGCAGGAGGCCAAGUUGGAUGAGAAGACCCCCGAUCGUCCACUCACCCCAGUUGCCUUUAUGGUUAUCAUCGGCGACGGGUUGCACAAUCUCACGGAUGGCCUGGCCAUUGGUGCAGCUUUUGCCAGCGAUCCGGUCACUGGAUUUGCCACAGCCUUUGCAGUCCUCUGCCACGAAUUGCCACACGAGCUAGGUGAUUUCGCUCUGCUCCUCCAAACGGGUGUGUCCAUGCGGAGAGCCGUUUACAUGAACAUUGUGAGCUCCGUUCUCAGCUUCGUGGGCAUGUCCGUGGGUCUUUUCAUUGCCGGAAUCGGUGACGGUAUGACCCAAUGGAUUUAUGCAGCUACCGCUGGUUCCUUCCUUUACAUAGCCUUUGCCGAUCUGGUGCCCACAAUGAGUGUGGCCCACAAUCCGGAGAUGGCCAAAGAUCCUAAGGGUAUUAUUAUACAAAUCAUUGGUAUCCUCCUGGGUGGACUGAUAAUGUUGGUAAUUGCCCUGAAAGAGCACGAUUUGGAGGGUCUGUUCAAGAGCUUUUAAAAACUGUUGGGAAUCUCAAGCAGAUACGAGUGCUGUUUCCGUUUUCCUAUUGUAGAUAUUAGCCUAUAAGCCUGUUUCCUCGAAAUCUCCGAUUAUCUGCCUUCUCUCAAGCAUGCCUUAAAUGUUAAAGAUGAAAUCGUUACCAAAUGUUAAAGUCUGUGGCCACAAAGUGUAAACUUGAUUAAAACAGCACUUUUCCUAGUGUUAUAGAAAUCUCUAGAUUUUAAAAUAUGUUGUUAGGGUGUUUUAAAGACCAAAUUAAAAUAGAGAACUGCUUUCGCCCAAGUAAGAUAAAACCUUUAAAAAAAAGUUUUUAAAAUGACCACAAGUGUUCCAUAGAAUAAAUUCAUUUUGCUAUUGAACGCUGAAUUCAUUACUUUAAAAGUAAAACUUUCCUGAAAUGUAUUCCACAAAAUAAUUUAAGAAGUGUACAUUGUAAAAAAUUUAAUAUUUGUUAAAAUACUUUUUAAAUACGGUUAUGUUUUUGUAACAAAUAAUGACGCUCUUUAUUGAUUUACCUUUAAACACUUAUUGUAUAGUUCUAAAUAUUAAAGAACGUUUUAAGAUAA